AUGUAUCUUUUGGAACUACAAAAACUAAUGCGACACGCAGGUUUAAAUCAAGAGUCACAAUUAGAACGAGUAUAUCGCAACAUGAGCACAGAGUACCAAAUAUACAUCAAACGUCGGAAUUUCACUUGUCUAAAGGAAUUAAUAGCACUAGCUGAGGACUUCGAAGAACUACGCAAAGAGCAGAAUGAAGUAAGUCGAGCACGAGAUAGCGAGGUAAUCUUCGGGCGCGUAGCAGUGGAAUGUGCACGACCGCUGAUAAUACAGAAGACCAUGAGACGCAUAGCCAAUACACCGAAAUGUGAUAAAGUCAAUCAUAGUCCAGUCUCCAAGUCACCUUUCCGCAACCAGCAGCAACACCAGCCAAUCGCCAAGCAAACACCUGCAGAAACAUCUAGAAUUGUUACUUCAACUACUGCAGCAAGCAUACCAACACAAAAAAAUCCAAAAAUAAUUAAGCAACAGCAAGUUCCACAAGAGCAAGAAACCUUACAAGUCCAAUUGAAACAAAUGCAACAAGAGCAAGAUCCGAGUUCUAUCAGGCUGCAAAUACCAGAAGUACAAAAAGAACAAAGUCCUAAAGUCAAAGAAAUGUCAACAGAGUUUAAUAACCAGCGAGUAAUACGAAAUCAAGAAACAUUACCUAUCAAAGUGCAAGUACCAGAAGUACAACAAGAACAAAGUCCUAAAGUCAAAGAAAUGUCAGCAGAGUAUUGUCAACCACGAGUCAUACAAAAACAUGAAAUAUUACAAGUUCAAAUGAAGCAAGCAGCGCAACAACAAGAUCCGAGACCUAAUAGUGUACAAAAGGCGCAACGACACCGAGAUCCAAGUCCCAUCAUGGUGUAA